AUGGAAGGGCAAGAACAAGUGUAUCUCCAAUUUGAGGCUUUUGAUUUCGAGAACGAGGACUUCAAGAAUGGACUUGAAAACGUUUAUGAAUCAUACUUGGAUCAUAUCAAUCAAAACAAUGAUGGUAAAAUUAACGAAAUAGUGACAGAGAUUAAACCUGAAGAAAAGCAAAGAUUGGAAGUACAGGCAAAGACUUUUUACUUUUGUCAACAGACUGGUAACAUCUUGAAUAUUGAAGAUUAUGAAGAAUGGAAAAAAACCAGAGAAACUGCAGAACCUGAGUACUCAUCCAAUUAUCAAGAAUUGGUGGAGCUCAUAUUGGCAGGGAAAGAGAUACCUGGAAUAAAGCAAAUACCAGAUACCGUUCUAGAAGGUGAAACAACAGAGCAUAAGGCUGAAGUUAGAAAAAAACCAUGGGAAAUAAGAAGAGAACAAGAGGAAAAGGCAAGAGCUGAAGCUGCUGCUGCUACUGCUGCUGCUGCUGUUGAUGCUGAAGGUAAAGAAGGUUCAGAAAAUGUCAAGGAUGAAGAUUUUGGUGAAGAAAAUACACUGGAUGAAGAAUCUAAAAUCGCAGAAGUUUAA